UAUGGGCACAACAGGCGAUGGAAUGGGAUUUGCAUAUGAUGCGUAUCCGGGGCAAUAUCAGUUAUGGAAGCCCCCGCAAAGGGGAGAAGCUCCUCCCCCUUACGAAGAAGUAAUUGCCCUUGCUCAAGCUGAAAGUAUGAACACUUGUACGGUCAGUGUGGCAACGACGCAUCGUACACUGCCUUUAACUGUGUGCAAUUCGGAGCCCGAUAUCAGUGCGACAACCACAAAUCUCAUAAACAUCAACAUAAACAACGCAGGAAGCAUCACAGCGGUAGCUGCAGGCGAAAAUCACAUCCGAAAUCAGUACGUUCGAUCGCCAAACAACACAAUAACGCGCACAAACGAACUUCCCGCUGUCGUCGCUGCUGACCCGUCAUCGACUGCCAUCUAUCCGAUGGGUCAGCAGUUGAUCAGUAGUUUACCGCGCGAAAUUCCCUGCACUUUACAGAACUGCGAACUCAAUACAACCACAAUUACGAACCAGAUUGCCAGCAUGGGACAUCGUACAACGACGCAAGCCACGUGUCUCAUUCGCGGACAAAUGCCAAAAGAAGUUCAAACGUCAAAUCAGAGCAUUUCCGCAAAUAACACGACAAUUGCAACGAUUUUGCCGCCGCCUCUCUUCAACACACCCGAACCGCUCAACACGAAUUUGGAUACGGAACCGUUGAUUGUCUCCGCCAGCAAUUCCAGCGAAGGUCUUGUUGAUGCCCCAAAAACCCCGAAACGUUAUCAUCGCACAAUUCCCCGAAAUGUAACCGCCAACGACGGAAUUAUGGCAAAUCUCAAACCCAUGUCGUUGGCAAGUUCAGGCGCUCAAUCUCCCAAUAACAACAAAAAACCCGCUUGCCAAUGCCCGAUUCAGCAUAUUCCGAAUACUUACAUGGGUUCGACCCAAAUUACCGCAGCUGCUCAACAAAAUACUCAAAGUCUCUUUUUGUCGACUCUGACGACGAAACUCAAUAAUGUCGCUGCCAAACAAAGUUCAUCCUCCUCGUCAUCAACAGUCGUCUCAAAAUCAACUUCCUUUCCUUCAACGUCACAAUCCGGGACGAUUCAAACGAUUUCGCGACGCCAACAAGAGCUUGUCCCGACAAAUUUGUAUCCGACAGGACCCACGUACGAUCCGACCACGAGUAUUCGUCGUUUGAAACCUUCUUUGCUGAAACUCGAGGCAGCGCAUCCCAAUGCCUUAGGAAUCACCUCCGCAAAUACGCCGCGUCGACAACCUCCGAAACCCAUUCUGAAGACGUCAUCUCGGAAUAAUUUGAUCGAAUCGCGUUCCCAUGAGAAUUUAUUGACAACCAGCUACCCAAUUGAGCCGAAUCCCGUUUUGCCGCCGAAAUUGUACAAGACUUCCAGUCAAAAGUUGAGCGUUUUGUCUUCAAAUGGGGAUCAAAGCACUUAUGCAACGACGCGUGAUGCUCAAUUCUCACUUUUGAACAGCAAUCGACACUCGGCGGAAAUGUCAAGCUUGAGGAUGCGUCAUUCCAACAACAACAAUAACAGUAACAACACUCUUGGAAAUAAUACGUUACCAAAAAAUUCGACAAAUAAGCAACGCACGGCAAAUAAUGUGAAGCCUCCAGCAGGACCCCAUGGCAGCAAACAACGUGUGAUGAUGCAUCGACAUGCGGAUGGCAAUAAGAAGCCGUUACCAGUAUUAAAUUCAACCAAUUGCACAAAUCCAAAGCAGCAUUUUUUGCCGAAUGACGCGAGUUUGGACGAUGAUUAUUUGAGCGAGUGCGAAAAUUGUAAGACGGCGAAUGGAUCGCGGUAUUAUCUGAAUGAGGAAGAUGGCGAAACUAUGGAAACGAUGACGUUACAACGAAAGAUGCCCGAAACAAGUGGCGAUAAGAUUGGAGAGGAGCAACAAGGGUAUUAUCGUGUCUCGGCAACGUUGCCAAGUAAUACGAAUAAGAAACAACAGGUAUCAAAGUCACGUGAACCAUGGUUCGCCACAAUUCCCGCAAGUUCUUCCAGCGAAGAAGACGAAGCUGCCGAAUGAGAUCUAAAUGACCUUAUUUGAGACAAAACAUAUAUAAUAUCUGGCCAAUCAAUGUCUAGAAGCGAAUAGUUAAGGAAAUAAUGUAAAAACAAAACAUUUGAAUUCAAUUUCAGUCUAAAUAAAUAUUUAAUGGAUUAUUAAUAAAUUAAAAACUGCCCAACGAGGUAUGUACUAAAUAAAUAGAGAAAACUUGUAUGAAGCCAAAUAUUAAUAAUAAUGAUUAAAAAAAAAACGUUAAAAAUUAAUAAUAAAUAAUAAAUGUAUAAAAUCUCACGAUAA